AUGCCGCCCGCAGAUAAUCUGUACAUCCCCAAGUUCAUUCUGAAUGUACCUUGGUACUACAAUGAGCUACAUGGGUCUGACGAUGCUUUCAAGCAUCAGCGGAAGGAACCUACAAGUGCCCCAGCUGAAGGUGGGCCUACAGCAGGCCAAGGUUUCGACGAUAAUGGCAAGACAGUAAAUGCAGCCAAUGACUUUGCUGCUAAAAGAGAUCGCUGGCAUGGUUAUAAUGCAAAGGAGUGGGACGAAAUCUUUGCAAAGUGGGACUCGCUCAAGAAGUCUAAGAGACCGAAGCAUACUGAAGAAUCCGAUAGUGAUGACACAGACUAUGAAUUAGAGCUACAGGAGCUUGGGAUCGAGCGGAAGGACUUCCAAAGAGGCUUUGUGGAAGACCCAAUCGAAAAGUCCAUCAGAGAAAGAAAGUAUACACCAGCAUAUAUUUUGGCGAUCAACGCCAAUGAGGGUGGAAAGAUCAGAAUAGGCAAGGAUUCUACUCGUGGUAUUGUGAACGAUGAGUCAGACUUUGUGAAACAGCCUAGCAAGGAGGAAAAGGAUUUCAAUCGAAUGCAACAGUUUGCAUGGGAACAAAACAAACAGUACGAGCAAGAGAAGCUGAGAGAACUAUAUCAGAGACAGCUAGCGAAUAUGAGCAAUCCUAAUGCAGAAGCCGUCGAUUACACAGUUCCAGUUGAUCUAGGCUUCAGUGUUGAGGCGAGUCCUACAUUGAUGAUGAUGAAAAAGAAGGAGGAGGAUAAAAAGAAGAAAGAUGCAAGCGAUAAGCGGAAAAAAAGCCUUCUUGACAGGUAUGGGUAG